GGGUAAGCUGAAGUAGCGUAGCAACCAAUAGCAACAGUCACUGUGGCGGCACUGGCCAUCCUCACUCGCCGCUCGACCGCCUCGUGCUCUUCCCAGCACACGGCCAUGUUCCCUGCGCUCUCCUAGGCUCUCGCCAUUCGACUCGCACUACUGGCGAUUGAGGUACAGGCUACCUGCCCACUCGUAUGUAAAGCAUGGGCCUCAUCAAGGUGCCGGACCACCGACGCCCCCCUCUCGUACUUGGACAGAAAUCAUCAGGUUCCACCGCUUCUUUGUCGCUGUCACGCACGACGCUCUUUUACACAAUCAUUCUUUGCCUGGCGCUGUUGCUACUCCCGCUCUUUGCAAGCGCGGAACCAUUGCCUUACCAAUUGGAUGUCCUUGAAGGACAAGUCGCUUUCGACGUAUCGUCAACAAAUGCAAUAUGGGAAGCUGGUGGAUACACAGAUGUGGUCAUACGCGUACACCUCGGCUCGGACACCUCUUCCUCACAGCGAGAUGGUGCCGAUCGGCUGUCACCGGACGACCUAAACAUGCUAUUGAUUCCAUUCCGCGCAAAAGCGAAGUUCUGGUUGUCCCCCGAGACUGAUCUGGCCCUCAUAACUCACGAAAGUCGUGGGGAGGAUGUCGCUUUGCGGUACCGAUGGCCUGUACCUCUGUGCCUACCGUCUGGAAGGCAUACACUUCAACUCCAGACAAGGCGAUCAAGCCGUCGCCAGUCCAUAAACAUUCCUAUUCUCGUCGUAGUCCCAGAUGAACGUGCUCGCAUGAUGUGCUCUUCCGGCCUACAAGCACAUCUCCAGCUGAAGAAUAAACGAUCAUCGUCUUCACUGUCUGCGCGUGAUCCAGACGCUGCAGAUGGGGAGGCCGAGGCUACCACCAGCACAGAGGGCGGUACGCCGCUUACCAUAUCGCCGUCCAGCCUCCCGGCCACCACCGGCGUAGAGCCCACGGACGCUCACUACUCCAGUUACUACAACUACACCUCUAGCGGCGCGUAUUCCGAAUCUUACCCGUAUUCGGGGAGCUACACGACGCCCGCCCCCACUUCGUACACGAACACCGCGAGUGUCUCUGUCGUCACCACCACCGCCAUCCGGACAUCGGUACAGACUAGUACUGUCACCUCGGUGUCGACCGAUCUCAAGACCAUCGUCAGCACCGCCACUGGGUCGGAUACAACAGAGGUGUUCACAACGACGCAGACGUCGAUAUCUACGAUCGUAGUGGCGACCACAACAGCUGGCGGCUUCCUCCCUGUCAACGGAGCAUCUCCUCGGGCUGCGUUACCCAUGUCCGCCCUCGCGGUCGCCUGUCUGUCCAGUGUCUUCUGGUUGCUUUGCUCUGCCAACUGUUGUGUCGCGUAGUAUAGAUGGAACUGUUUCUCGUUUUCAAGGUCAAGGUGCCGGACGAUCACUCGAAUAUGGGCUGCGCAUAGCGACGGUAGUAGUAUUCUAGUCGGGUCUCAUACUGAUGGUGUACUUACCACCAUUUAAUGACAAAUGGAUUGUAUCUCGUUGAACAUUCAAAUGGCUCACGAUGUG